AUGGAAACAUCAAGUAAAAAAUCGAAGAGUAAAUCCGAUGAAAAUCUCAAUCAAAUAUCAUGUCAAUUAAAACACGCCAUUUUUUCCAAGUAUAUCUCGCAUUAUUUGAUUAAUAAAGUAGAUGAGAUGUGGCUUCUCUAUGAAAAAAAAAUCGAUCAAAUCCUUCAGGACAAACAUCUCCAUCCAAACUGUCCAUCUACUCGAUCAAAUAUCAUAACCAAACUCGAAGAAUUCUCUAACAAACAACAACAAAUAAUCCUCUCGUGUCAACAGGAUAUUGACGCUUUAUGUUCAUCACAUCUAAAGCAUACAGUUCCCGUUCAAUCGACAAGUUUCAACUCGAUUCAUGUUCCAAAAACUCCUCGAUGUUUCAAUCGUUUAGCUUUCAAUUUCAACACUCAUUUGUAA